GUCCGGGCGCUUGGCGCCUCACGCGCAUGCGCACUGGCGGCCCCGCGAUGGCGGCCCCCGAGGAGUCCCUGAGGAGGCGGAAAGCCGGGAAUGCGGGCGCCGAGCCUGGGUCUCCGCCGGGACGGGGGCCGGGGCGCGAGCCCACGGGCUGUAAUGCCCGUCUCCGAGCGGGCACCUUCUGGCUGACCAGGAUCGUGCUCCUGAGGGCCCUCGCUUUCGUUUACUUCGUGGCGUUCCUGGUGGCUUUCCACCAGAACAAGCAGCUGAUCGGAGACCGGGGCCUGCUGCCGUGCCGCACAUACCUGAAGAGCGUACAGCAGUAUUUCCGGGGCCCAGUCGGCUGGGAUGCCGUGAGCUACGCACCCACCCUGCUCUGGCUGCUGGACUGGUCACACAUGGACUCCAACCUGGACGCCCUGGCACUGCUUGGGCUGGGUGUCUCGUCUUUCGUCCUGCUCACUGGCUGUGCCAACAUGGCGCUCAUGGCCACUCUCUGGGUUCUCUACAUGUCCCUGGUCAACGUGGGACAGAUCUGGUAUUCAUUUGGAUGGGAGUCCCAGCUUCUAGAAACAGGAUUCCUGGGGAUCUUCCUGUGCCCUCUUUGGAGUCUGUCUCGACUGCCCACAGGGACCCCCCCAUCCCAGAUUGUGCUGUGGGGCUUUCGAUGGCUGAUUUUCAGAAUCAUGCUUGGAGCAGGCCUGAUCAAGAUCCGGGGGGACCAGUGCUGGCGGGACCUCACCUGCAUGGACUUCCACUAUGAGGCGGUCCUCAUCAUCAGCGGGAACCUGAGCUUCCUGAACUGGCUGACCAUGGUGCCCAGCGUGGCCUGCUUCGAUGACGCCACCUUGGGGUUCUUGUUUCCCUCCGGGCCCGGCGGCCUCAAGGACCGAGUCCUGAAGCUGCAGGAGGAGGCCGCCCGAGGGCUCCGGCCCCCCCCGAGAUAUGGCUACAUGGUACGGCGGGCGGUGCAUGUGGCCCUGGGCAUCCUGGUGGCCUGGCUCAGUGUCCCCGUGGUCGUCAACCUGCUGAGUCCCACGCAGGUCAUGAACACGUCCUUCAACCCUCUCAGGAUCGUCAACACGUAUGGCGCCUUCGGAAGCAUCACCAAGGAGCGCACAGAGGUCAUCCUGCAGGGCACGGCCAGCCUCAACGCCAGCAUGCCGGAUGCCGUGUGGGAGGACUAUGAGUUCAAGUGCAAGCCCGGUGACCCAGGGCGGCGGCUGUGCCUCAUCUCCCCCUACCACUACCGCCUGGACUGGCUCAUGUGGUUCGCAGCCUUCCAGACCUACGAGCACCACGAGUGGAUCCUGCACCUGGCAGGCAAGCUCCUGGCCAACGACGCAACGGCACUGUCCCUACUGGCCCUCAACCCUUUCGAGAACAGGGCGCCCCCCAGUGCUCGGCACCUGACCUGGGACGGCCCUGUGCUCUGCGGGCCCCUGCUGCGGGAGGACAGACACCACGGUGAACCCAAGAACGUGACGGGUCACCGCCACUGGCCCAGAUUGGGCCCGAAGACCGAGCGGUUCCUGCCCCCGACGGUUCCACUCGGUUUCUGGUGCAACUACUCCCACUGUUCGCCUCGUGUCCCUGUGACCUUGGGAGCGGUCCCUGACUUGGGCGAGAUGGCCCUUCUCCAUUCCCGAUGCUGAUUUUGGCCUUUCCCCUCUUACCUCCUCAUCAGUCUCAAAGCCCCGACACAGGGUUUUCCUGUCAGCUCUGCUGUUGCUGGUCCGUCCAACAGGUCCCAGUGCUCGCUCGCUGCCAUCUUGGGCUGAAAACUCCCGUUUCUUUCUAUUCCUCCUCCUGCUCUCAGGAAGACGCAGCUGGAGGCCCCAGCCGCAGGCUCUGCCAGACACAGCGAGCCUUCCCGGAAUUCUAGAAAUGCUGAUCUCCCCGUUAACGUGUCAGACCAACAGAGGUGGGAGUUUUGGUUGCCAGAGGAGUGCAUGUGGGGCUGUCCCCUCCGCUGUCCCCCCAGCAUUUGCCACCGACCCACACCUCGGCCCCAACGCCCCACAGCACCCUUCAGACUGACGUCCCUCUCAGACGCGAACCGGCUCGAGGAAGGACGGCCUCCGCGGUCCCCCGGUGGCUGCUUGCCUCCCUCUGCCCAGAAGCCCCCUGCUCCCUGGGUCCGCUCCCCAUGUCGACCCCUGCCCUGCGUGCAGCAUGAAGACGCCUCCGCCCCGGGGGAUACAGCUUCCAAACCCCACUGCGAAAUGGGGCUCACGGCCACGAACAGACCUUUAAGAUGAAACAGUCGCGCCUUUAGCUUCCCUGACGGGGAGUGGAAACACCCACGGGAAAGCGAGCGGAAAUCAGGGCCACUGUGGUGGACCUUCCGCAGGUCCCAGGAGCCGCGACAACACCAUGAAGUGGCGGCAGCAGAACCAGAUCCCCACAGCAAAGUGGACGAAAUCCCGGAAGCCCGCAGCCACCGCAAGUGACUCAGGAAGAGACGAAGUCGCCAACUUUCACAGUGUGAAGAGGCAUCCGUGUAGACGCCUCCCACCAGAGACAGUGCUAGCCCAGGCAGCCUCACUGUGUGCUCCCCAGGACGGGCAAGAACGGGCGCUGGCCCUUCCCAAACGCUCCCCAAAAUCAGAGAAGGGAGCGCUUCCCGACUCCUCUCUCAGGCCUGGUUUACCCUGAUUAACCCCAAGAUGCCAGCAUCUCUCAGGAUUUUUGCCGGAAGCAAACGCCCUCAACGAAACAGCAGCAUGACAGAUGGACGCCGCGCCGUGCCCAGGUGGGAUCGGUGGGUCCCUCGCGCCCACAGAACGUGGGGGGGUGGGGGGGCACGGUCCUCUCGACGGACGCAGGAAAAGCAUUUGACACAAUCCAAAGCCCGUUCAUGAGCAAAGCCACUCUGGAAUAAUAGUGAUCAUAAAAUGUCAUCAGUGAACCCACAGCCAACAGUGAACGUGAAGACCUUCCUGCAGAGCCAGACAGACGAGAGAGGCCGCUGCCGUCCAUGCUCGUAACGGCGACUAAAGUUCCAGCCAGCACCGCUGGUCAAAACACUAAAACGUUUCAGGGGCACCUGGGGGGUUAAAGCCUCUGCCUUCGGCUUAGGUCAUGAUCCCAGGGUCCUGGGAUCGAGCCCUGUGUCGGGCUCUCUGCUCAGCGGGAGCCUGCUCCCCCCUCCCCGUGUACUUGUGAUCUCUGUCAAAUAAAUAAUAAAAUCUUUAAAAAUAAAAAAUUUUUUAAAAUAAAGUUUUAAUAAAGUAAAAAGAAAGUAAAAUUACCUCUAAUUCACAGAUGACAUGAUCCUCUAGAAAAAAAUCCCAAUGAUCCACCAAAGAAAUGCGCUAGAGCUAACGAACCAGCUGAGCAGAGCGGCAGGUACAGAACCAGCACCGAAGACCAGCGACGAGGAGUCGGAAACUGAAACCAUGACAACAGGCUCACUCACCACUGCACCCAACAAUAAUAAAAAACACCUUCCAAAAGACUGAACCAGGGGCACCUGGGUGGCUCAGUGGGUUAAAGCCUCUGCCUUCGGCUCAGGUCAUGGUCCCAGGGUCCUAGGAUCGAGCCCCACAUCGGGCUCUCUGCUCAGCAGGGAGCCUGCUUCCUCCACUCUCUCUCUCUCUCUGCCUGCCUCUCUGCCUACUUGUGAUCUCUGUCAAAUAAAUAAAAUCUUUUAAAAAAAUAAAAAAAUUUAAAAAAUUAAAAAAGACUGAACCAAGGAGGCAAAACAUCUACACGCUGAGAGCCACGUGAUGCAGCUGAAACCUGCCGUGAACAAGGCGGAGGACAGGGGAGAGACGCAUGCCUGCAAGCUGGGGACAACAGUGACAAGACGUGGAACCAGCCAAGGCCGUCUGCGGGCCCAGCGAACCCUCUCCGGACACUCCAACGGCCUUGCUGUGUAGAAACGGAGCCAGCGCUCAAGUUCACAGGGAACCGCAAAGGGCCGCAAAUAAUAGAAACAACUGUUAGAAAGACAGUGGAAGCUUCAUGUUUCCUGACCUGAAAACUUAAUACAAAGCUACAGCCAUCGAAACGGUGUGGUCCUGCCGCGGCCACCGACCUGUGGACAAGAGGAACAGAACGGAAGCCUCAUGAACCCUCACUCAAGUGGUCAAUGAUUCUUGACAAGGAUGCCACGACCGCUUCGUGGGAAAAGGGCAGUUGGGCGGGAGAGCAAGAGCUAGAGUACUGAAGAACGGAGCUGGGCGCUCGGAAAUCAACCCAGAAAAGGGGCGCCUGGGUGGCUCACUGGGUUAAAGCCUCUGCCUGCAGCUUGGGUUGUGACCCCAGGGUCCUGGGAUCAAGCCCCACAUGGGGUGAUUCUGGUUCAGCAGGGAGCCUGCUUCCUCCUCUCUCUCUGCCUGCCUCUCUGCCUACUUGUGAUCUGUCAAAUAAAUAAAUAAAAUCUUUUAAAAAAAUAAUUAAACAAUAAAAUUCCCAGAAGAAAACAUGAAUUUAACAAUGGAUUCUGAGGACACCAACAGCAGGAGCAGCAAAAGGAGAACCAGAUAGACUGGACAACAAGAAAUUUAAAACUUUUGUGCACCUGAGGACAUUAUCGGGAAAGUGAAAAGACAAGCCACAGAGUGGGAGAAAAUAUUUGCACAUCAUCUACCUGGUAAGAGUCUUGUAUCCAGGACAUACAUGGAACUUGUGCAGCUGAGCAUCAAAGACGACAAACCCUAGUUCAAAAGGACUUGAUCGGGGCGCCUGGGGGGCUUAGUGUGUUAGGCCUAUGUCUUCAGUUCAGGCUCCCGGGAUCGAGCCCCACAUCAGGUUCCCCGCUCAGCAUCGAGCCUGCUUCUCUCUCUCCCUCUGCCGGCUGCUCUACUUGCUUGAGCUCGCCCGCAUGCAUGCUUGCUCUCUCUGACAAAUACAUAAAAUCUUUAAUUUAAAAAAAGGACUUGAUCAGCCCUUUUUUCCAACGAAGAGACACAAGUGGCCAUAAAGCACACAAAAGGAUACUCAGCAUCUUUAGUCAGUAUAAUACAUAUAUGAAAAGCACAGUGAGGUACUACUCCACACCCACUUGCAUGGCUGAGGUUUGUUUUUUAUUUUAAGAUUUUAAUUAUCUGAAAGAGAUCACAAGUAGGCAUAGAGGCGGGGGUGGGGAGAGCAGGCUCCCCGCUGAGCAGGGAGCCCAAUAUGGGGCUCGACCCCAGGACCCCGAGAUCAUGACCUGAGCCGAAGGCAGAGGCUCGACCCACUGAGCCACCCAGGUGCCCAAAAUGUGGAUAAACCUUGAAAGUAUUAUGCUCAGUAAAAAGCCAGACACAAAAGCUCACCUACCAUACAGUUCUAUUUAUGUGAGAUAUCUAGAACAGGUAAGUGUGUAGAGACGGAAAAAUUAAUGAUUGCGAAGGCUGGGGUGAGGGGAGAAGGAAGAGUGACCAAAUCAUGGGGAGAGGGGUUCGUUCUGAGGGCAUCAAACAGUUUAGAACUCGACAGGGACGGUGAUGACCAAACACUGAUAUACUAAAUGCCACCAACUGGUGGUUAAAACGAGUAACUCUGGGGGCACCUGGGUGGCUCAGUGGGUUAAGCCUCUGCCUUCAGCUCGGGUCAUGAUCUCAGGUCCUGGGAUUGAGCCCCAUAUCAGGCUCUCUGCUCAGUGGGGGGCCUGCUUCCCCCUCUCUCUCUGCCUGCCUCUCUGCCUGCUUGUGAUCUCUCUCUGUGUGUCUAAUAAAUAA